UAUCAACCAACCAACAAAAAAUUUAAUUUUGACUUUCAAAGUCAAUUUUAUUUGAGUUCAAUUUAAAUAUAAAAUACAUUUGGGCUACUAAACUAGAUUUCAUUUUGAUGUAAUAAUGACCUUAGUUGACAGAAUAAGCAUUGAACUUGGUGCUCAAGAACCUUGGCCCAAAGAUGUUAAAUUAUUUCAGCCCUAUGAAGUCGAACAGAUUUUAUUACCUGAUAAUGCUAAUUGCCUCGCAACACAAGCUUUUCUAAAGAUGUGUCAACUAGAUUAUUCUGUAGAACCCAAACCUAAUGCUGAAGCAAUGUCUCCUACCUUGAAGGUACCUUUUAUAAAAGCUGGCCGUUUUGUUAUAGCUGAAUUAGAAGGCAUUGUACAAUUUGUAAAUGGCAAAGGUAUAACUUUAACCGAAAAGUUGGACAAUGAAGAAAAGUCGAAUAUGAGGGCAUAUAUGUCCUUAAUACACAGUGUGUUAGAAAUGGCAGAAUUAUAUAUUUCUUGGGUGGAUAACGAAACUUACAAUGAAGUAACAUGGAUUCGAAAUGGAUCAGUUUUUCCUUGGCCACUGAAUUAUAUUCAGAAUAGAAAUAAACGCAGUCAAGUCAUUAAGAAAUUAAAAGCCCUUGGCUGGUAUGACAAAAAAUUAGAGGAUGUAUAUACUGAAGUUGAAACAUGUUGUGAAUCUCUACAAACACGUUUAGAUGGCAAACCAUUCUUCUUUGAGCAUGGACCUACUGAAUUGGAUGCUUUAGUUUUUGGUCACUUAUUUACGAUUCUAACAACUCCUCUUCCUCGAAGCGACUUGGCAAAUAUUAUAAGGAACUACCCUUCAUUGAUUGAUCUGGUAAAGAGAAUCGAAAAAGAUUACUUUAAGAAAGAAACCAAGUCAUAAUUGGGAUUUUUAGAUGUUAGUUGAUGUUGAGUACUAGAUUUGUUAAAUAAAAGUAUUGUUUUU